AAAACAAAGGAAUUACUCGUCAGAUCUUCUGUCAUAAACUUUUCGGAAAAAAACUUCCCACACUCUUGGGGGAAAUCUUUAUGACCUUAAGAAAAAUCACUAGAAACAGCAAUGUGACACAAGUACUGUUACUGCCGUAGCACUACUGCCAUACUGUUUCUGUUGUACGUUUAAUCCCAAGUGAUUUAAAGAAUUCGGAAUCGAGAUGUUUCAAUUCUUUGAAACACAAUACCUUUAAUUCUCAAAGUUUAUUUAACUUAUCUAGAAUCGUCUUAAUUUAUCGAAAGGUUCUAAUUCUACAUAAAGACAGAUAAUCAAAUAGAUAUACCAACGAUAUCAUAUAUGUUUAUAACUCGAUAGAUUUUACUAUAAAAGAAAAUGGGAAAUGUAAUGAAUUCUGCUGUAUCGGCAGCUGAUGCAAUUACCUCUGUACAUCAGCCAGAGGUUUCAAAUGUACCGUACCAUGAAACACACAAACCCAAAGGAAAACCUCCUCCAGAAUGCCCUAUGCAUAAAUCUAUGCAGGAAGAAGCACCGCCAAUGUAUUCCAGCGAAUGUCCGAUUAAUGACAUGGCUCCAAACGAAAUCAAUCCUUUAAACAUGAUGCCACCAGCUAAUCAACAACCGGCACCAGAUCAGCCUUUUCCACUGCCAACGGAAAGACAAAUGUCAUCCAUACCAAAAGCAACAGGUGAUGGGUUUUGGAUGUACCCUUCGCAACAAAUGUUUUGGAAUGCGAUGCUGAGAAAAGGUUGGAGGUGGAAGAACGACGACAUAACACCAAAGGACAUGGACGAUAUAAUAAAAAUCCAUAAUGCAAAUAACGAAUUAGCGUGGCAAGAAGUGCUUAAAUGGGAGGCACUUCACGCGAGGGAGUGUGGUACUCCAAAAUUGCGCAGCUUUGGAGGCAAAGCCAAGCAGUAUUCGCCACGUGCACGCAUUCGAUAUUGGAUGGGAUACGAACUACCAUUUGACCGGCACGACUGGAUUAUAGAUAGAUGCGGAAAGGAUGUACGAUAUGUUAUAGAUUACUACGAUGGUGGGGCAAUUGACAAAAAUUAUACUUUCACCUUGCUGGAUGUUAGACCAGCUAUGGAUUCGUUAGAGAACAUUUGGGAUCGCAUGAGGGUUACGUGGAUGCGUUGGAAAUAUUGCAACCAAUCAAGCGAAUCGGAGUGUGCCACGAAAAACGAAGAGAAGAAAUAGAUAUUGACAGACCGAAAAGAUAUUAGCUUGUUACUGAAUUCUACGCUCGUUUUAAUGAAUUACAUGUUACAAUGUACAGUUUUUAAAAUACAGAUUAACUGUACAGGACAAACCAAAGAAGUUCGCUAACGCUUAAGAAACAAAAAGAAUACUAGAUGAAAAUCUAAUAUUUUUUUUGUAUGUAUAUAAUUAUGAUAAUUUUAAGAGAAAAAAAUAAACGGCAAACUUCUGAAAGUUCAA